GUCCCGAGAUGGGAGACCAAUACUUGGUUACUGUUGUGCCAGACUUUUCGUCAUGUAAUGUUUUGGAUGACGGGACUGAGAACUGCGAGUAUGAUCCUUACACGGUAUUCAUAAGCAGGUCAUCGCUACUAAGAUCUGGCGAAUAUUACCUGGGUAUCAGGAGUUAUCAGGCAUCAAAUGGUACGCAGUCUCGAGUGCGGAGAUCUUGUUCCGAUGGUGCUCGAAUCAAACGCUCUUGUAUAAGAUAUAAAGAUCCUCCACCUCGACCAACGACUGAUCCACGGGGGGAAUACACUCUUCAAAUACCCAACUUUGAUGCUGAUAACGACGUCAAUUAUACAGUUAAUAGUUUUACAUCACCAUGUAAAUACUGGAACGUCAAGAACGAGACAUGGGCUUCCAAGGGAUGUAAGGUUGGGAACAAGACUCGAAUUGACCGAGUCCACUGUCUAUGUAAUCAUCUGACUUCUUUUGGAGGAGGGUUCAUCCAAGCUCCAAAUCCUAUAGACUUUGAUAAAGUGUUCGAGGGCUUCAAAAAUUUGUCUGAUAAUGUUGCUGUACUGGCAACUAUUGUGACAGCAUUCGCCAUCUAUAUUUUGAUGGUGGUGUGGCUGAGAAGAAUGGACAAGCGGGAUGAAGUUAUUGGAAUUCCUACGACGAUAGAAACCCACGAGGGUGUACCCCAAAACGGUUAUGAGAUUAUAAUCCAAACUGGCUCAUGGCGAGGUUCUGGUACAACGGCCAAUGUCUUUAUAGUCCUGGUAGGUGAGGGUGGCGAAAGCAACCCCAUUGCUUUGAGGGAUGAAAACAAGUCUCUAUUCACCAGAGGGUCGACGAAUGAAUUCCUUGUAUCACUUCCUGAUAAUCUUGGGAAAUUGUUGUACCUUACAGUAUGGCAUGAUUUGUCAGGCAUAAAUUCUUCUUGGUAUCUCAGUUACGUCAUUAUUCGCGAUAAUAAAACAGGGGAACAGUAUAUUUUCGCAUGUGAUCAUUGGCUCGCCUUGGAGAGAGGAGACGGCUCUGUAAGGAGGGUUCUGCUAGUUAGCGACAAAAAGGAACUAACAAGUUUUGGGGUCCUUUUUCGCACUAAGACAUCGAAAGACAUAUUUGAUGGCCACCUUUGGAUCUCUGUUGUUGGUAAACCCUCAAAGAGUAACUUUACACGUGUCCAGAGAUUGACUUGCUGUAUGUCGCUUCUAUUUAGUGCUAUGAUAACAAACGCAAUGUUUUACAACAUUGCAAACAGGCCUGACGAAUCCACUGUUUCCAUUGGACCACUUACAUUGAGUCUCAAGCAAAUCAUUAUUGGAAUUCAGAGCAGUCUUAUUACACUCCCAAUCAACAUCAUAGUCUUACAGAUAUUUCGAAAUCUAAAGCUUAAGAAAACAGCUAGUUCAAAAUAUAGAAGGCCAUGUUCCUUCCGAAGAAACGCAGUGUUUGUCAGUGAUGAGUGGUCGGACAAAGAUGUUCCAGUAAAACCAAACCAGGAAGCUUCAGGGGGACGCUUACCUCACUGGUGGAUCUACAUCGCAUAUCACCUGUGUUUUCUCAUAGUGAUGACUUCCGCCUUAUUUACUUUGUUUUACAGUAUGCAGUGGGGAAAGGAGAUAUCCAACAAGUGGCUGUCAUCAAUGCUUAUCUCAUUCUUCCAGGACGCAUUUAUAACACAACCCCUAAAAAUCUUCCUUGCUGCCUUAGUUGUCUCAUCCAUUUUGAAGAAACUACCCAGUGACUUAACAGUAGGCUCAUCUGCGAGUAGGAAAACAAGCAGCGUAGACGCCAAACCAAACUUAUUUGACAGAGAAGAGGCAAUUAAACGACAAACCUACAUAUCUGAACCUCCAGACGAGACUCUAGUGGAGAAGGCCAGGAAGUACAAAUUGAACGAGAUGAAAGCUCUCAGGAUACUGAAAGAAAACUUCUUACAUCUGCUAUUUUUGUCGUCGUUGCUGGUGAUAAGUUAUUCUAUGAGAGACCCAGACGCUUUCGCUCAGAGCAGACAUCUCAGAAACGUGUUCGGUGAACAGACUAACGAUAUCCAGAGUCUUUGGUCUUUCUUGGAAAAUGGUUUGUUACCUUUUGUCUUUGACAAGAAGUGGUAUAACGGUGAUGAGGACAAAUCAGAUGGCUUCACUGACGACAAGUACUUGUAUGUUAUUGGUAUGCCACGCCUUAGACAACUCAGGUCCAAGAAAGGAAACUGUACAAGCGAAUACUCUAUAGACCUAAACAUGAGCUGCAGUGGUUCUUACUCCAUUAUCGAUGAGGAAAAAGACUUCUAUUUACCGGGAUGGAUAAAAAACUCCGACAUGAGCUAUUCGGCAUGUCCGGCUUCGUGGCGAUAUCAAACAGCUUUAAAACUGGACGGACUGCCUUUUUGGGGCAGCAAAGCGAUUUACAGUGGUGGAGGAUAUACUGCUGACCUGGGUUACUUCAUGGACCAGGCAAGAAAAGCGAUGAGCGAUUUACAAACCUACAACUGGUUUGAUGAGUACACACGUGCAAUCUUUGUCGAGCUUACUGUGUUCAAUGCUCCAGCCAAUAUAUUCAGCAGUGUUACUUACUUGGUGGAGUUUGCGGGUACUGGGGGUUCUUCAACGCACUUGAAAGUUGAUACUUUCCGCCUAUAUCAGCACAUCGGUCCGUGGACUAAAGUGGUUGCAUUUUGCGAGUUUGUGGCCGUUGUGACUGUUGCAAUAGUUCUCUACGUUACUUGCAGGAAGAUAGUAAGGGAAAGAAAAGGAUUUUUCAAAAAGGCUUGGAAUGUUGUUGAUGUUGCACAGAUUGGGUUAUCCAUCUCUGCUAUAGCAUUGUUCUUCAUCCGACUGAUGAACACAAACUGGACUAUCGAAAAAGUUCAGGAGAACCCAUUUAUAUUCGUAAGCUUUCAUUAUGCAGUGAAGUGGGACGAAGUUAGCAUUUAUGUUAUGGGUGCCAUUGUAUUCAUUGCUACCUUAAAGUUUCUCCAAUUGCUGAGUUUUAACCGUCACAUUGCUGUCCUUUCGCAUACAAUUUCUCGUGCCGCAGCAGAGCUGCUACCACUAGGAAUGCAAGUGUUACUUACUAUUUUUGCUUUUAAUAUCUUUGGUUACGUUGUUUUUGGAAGUGAGAUCGAAGGAUUUAGUAACUUUUUCACGACCUGUGAAACUACACUGGCUAUGACACUAGGAAAGGCAUACUUUAUGGAGCUGAGUGAUUCGGAGGCUAUACUGGGGCCAUUGUUUUUUGCUCUGUUUGUGAUAGCUAUGCAAUUUUUUCUUAUCAACAUGAUCCUGGCCGUCAUAAUGGACACUUACAAUGACGUUAAUGCUGAGAUUGGCGAGAAGUCUUCCGAGUACGAAAUGGCUGAUUUCCUAUUAUCUUAUUUGAAGUCUUCCUUUGGUAGUCACUCUGAGUUUAAAGCUGGAAACGAAGUCUGGAGGAGAUCUGGAGGGAAUGGAAACGGAACCGUGAAAAGUAAAAGUGUUAAAGAAAAUCUUCUUGUUCUCAAGAAGCAACGUAAAUUACUUAGGGAAAGGCUAAAUUCCUUGCACAAUUUGGACAAAGAUGUCGCUGAUUCGGAGCUUUCCUUUGUAGAGCAGUGGCAUGCCAUCUCCAUUUCUGGUUAUUGUGAGGCGGAUGCGAAGAUGUUAGAAGUGAUGACGUUCUACCUAGGCCGCGAACCCAAAUUGUCUUUCGAACUUAAUGUUUCAGAUCGUAACGAAGCCGACGCACUUGCAUAGCUGGGGACAUGAUGAUGCUUACUGUUUGGAAUGACGGAAAAACUCGAAGCUGUAUGCAUUUUGUCGAAGUUGUAGUUUUUAAAGCGCUUGUAGAUAAUGUUUUGAUUUCACUGAUAGUUAUUAAUAUUCAUUGAAAAGAUAUUGACAAUUGCCGGAUUCCGAGAGUCAAGCUUAAGAUAUUUUUGUCAAAAAUUGCGAUUUAUAGGGCCAGUGUCGGUUAGGAAGGUAUUACUAAAUUAUACGUCUCUUAAAACUACUGUAUUUGAAGGUGAAAGUGAAAGGUUUAGGUGAAAGGUUUAUACGAUACCUUAAUAGCAGCAUGGGCUGAGUUGCUAAGGUUUUACAAUGUUAUUAAGGUUGAGAUAGGACGUCAGCAUUCUCAGGCGCCUCUGGCAGCCGCUUCAGUCCAUAUAGA